GUCCUGAUUUGUCCUGAUGUGGGCUGCGGUGUUUUCGGGAAUGAUCCAGAGGUGCUGGGGACCAUGCUGGGACAAGUCCUCCGAGAGCCGGCGCUGGUGAACUUGGAGGUCUUGCUGACGGGGCAGGUGGCCUUCGCCGAGGCGGUGAAAAAGGCCGCCGCUGGCAUUGAGGUGGAGCUAAAGCCGCCGGCAUACUUCUCGCAGGUCUAUGGCCAGUCCUAUGGUUCUGGCCGAGGGCAACGGGGUGGCGGGAGGCCGCCCAGAGAGCAAGUUGCGGUGGGCACACUGGUGACACCCGAACCCAGCAGAGGUGUUGCAGGUGAUUCAGGUGCGGCAGGUGUGGCAGGUGCAACCAGCGGCACAACUCCCAUGGCGGGGCCCAGCACAGCAAACCCAGUGACCGUGGCGGCCACCCCUGUCGCGGUGCCUGCAGCUGCCGCGGCCACACCUGCACCAGCCGCGGCCGGGGCUGGGCCUGGGGUCUUGCGGUCAAAGCGAAGCGAAGCAGUGAUGGGAGUCGACACAGAAAAUGCGAAGUACGCAACAGCGACCAUGUCCAGUCUGCGACGUGCCUGGGUGCGCUUACCCAGGCUGUUGACAGCUAGAAGUUACGCAGGCUUGGCACUGGAGCGGCGCAACUGGGUGGCGAGACCGCUGCGUGGAGGCUCCGUUGCUCCUGUGCAACGUUUGGGUCUUCGUUUUUUCAGCAAGGUCGAUGUGCCAACCCCAGAACUUGGGGGGGAGAGCAUCACAGAGGGCACCAUUGCGGAAUGGACCGCGAAGGUGGGAGAGAAUGUCAAGAAGGACCAAGUGAUUGCCACCAUUGAGACCGACAAGGUCACAGUGGACGUGAAGGCACCACAAGAUGGUCAGUUGUUAGAGAUCAAACUGCAGGCCGACGAGACUUGUGAGGUGGGACAAGUCCUGGCAGUUCUCGGCCCUCCCGGCGAGGGCGGCGUUGCGGCCGAGGCGCCGGCCGCGGCGCCGGAGGCCGCGCCGGCGGCGGCUCCGGCGGCCGCGCCGGCGAAGCCGGCGCCCAAGCCAGCGCCGAAGGCGUCGACCGCCUCACCCCCCUCCUCGCCCGAGCGCGGUGAGCGAAGAGAGAAGAUGACACGAAUGCGCCAAGCUAUUGCCCGGAAUCUGAAGGAAUCCCAGAACACAUUGGCGAUGCUGACGACGUUUCAAGAAGUGGACAUGAGCGGUCUCAUCAAGAUGCGAAAGGAAUACAAGGAUAUCUUCCAAGCGUCUCACGGCGCUAAGCUGGGCUUCCAGUCGCCGUUCUUUCUGGCCAGUGCUUAUGCAUUGAAGCAGAUCCCGGCACUGAACGCCUACAUCGACAAUUCGACCAAUGAGAUCGUCUACAGGGACUACAUCAAUAUCGGCUUUGCAGCGGCGACGCCCAAGGUGCGCUAA